AUGGACUUCACACUUGAUUCAGUGUGGGAAAGCCCUUACCUAGAUAAUCUCAUCAAUGUUUGGCCCCGUUUCCACUCAUCGUCUGCCCUCUGCCCUCAUCGUUUGCCCCCAUCUUCAACCUCUGGCCUCAUCGCAUGGUCUGCCUUCGAGGCAGACAAGUUCUGCCUGUAUGACUUCGUGUCAUCCAGCGCUAUCUGGCCGUCUGACUACGAGUCAGAUUACGGUCUACCUACCUCAACACCUCGCCCACAUCCAUCCUCUACAAAUAUACACCUGACAAUCGACGAUGACGUACCCGUUACGGACACUCGCAUGGAUGAUGAUAUGAACGGCGGUAGCGACAAUGAUGCCGAUGAUGAUAUGACCAAUGAAGACCGUGAACACAGCCAGGCUACGAAGAUGAGGAUGAGGAUAAUGAUGGCUCCGUACGUGGAAAGACUUCAGAAGGGGAUAGCGACAAACGACGCCAAGGAUGGCGAUGAAGAGCCUGAGGGUGGCGAUGAAGAGCUUGAGGGGACUUCGAGACUUCACAAGCCAGGGAGACUUCGGCCUCGAAGGGUCAAGAAGGGCAGCUACAAUUUACAUUUCGAUGAUGGUUCUCAAAGCUCUUCAUCGGAUACCAGCUACCGUGAAGGCCCCGCAACAUCUGAUCAAGAUUCCGCCCAUGAGUCAGAUGCAAACAAAGACCUCGACCCCAACCACAACAGCCCGUCUUCACCGCCUGCUAAGCGCAGGAAAAGGUCUUCAGCGAUCGAAACUACCUUGGCCAACACUUCCCAAAAAACAUCUCACUCGACAACCGUUCGCAAGAAGCAUGCAGCUAUUUCACAUGGUGGCAACCCCACUCCAGCCAGUAUAGUCCUUUGGCCCGACGCCGGACAUUGA